CUCCCACCAAAUACCGUUUAAUUACAAAUCACAAAUCGAUCAAACAAAAACAUCAUUAAUUUGCAACUUCGACUUUCUCAGUCGCGCGAAGAGAGAGCGGAAGGAUAGGGAGUUAGGGACAAUGAAGGCAACAAAGAGACCAAUCCACGCGGUGUCGACAUGGGUCCGGCGGCAACCAACGAAGAUCAAGGCAUUCUUGGCGUUAAUGUCAGGAAUUGCUGUUCUGGUGUCUCUUCGAUUGAUCGUUGAAGAUCACGACAACCUCUUUGUAGCUGCCGAGGCUGUUCACGCCAUUGGAAUCUCCGUCCUCAUCUUCAAGCUCAUGAAGGAGAAGACUUGUGCUGGACUUUCACUCAAAUCACAGGAACUAACAGCUAUGUUUUUAGCUGUUAGACUCUAUUGCAGCUUUGUCAUGGAAUAUGAUAUACAUACAUUACUUGACUCAGCUACACUGGCAACAACCUUGUGGGUUAUAUAUAUGAUUCGUUUUAAGCUGCGGUCCAGUUACAUGGAUGACAAAGACAACCUUGCAAUUUACUAUGUGGUGAUACCUUGUGCUCUUCUGUCUUUAGUUAUUCAUCCAACCACCCAGCAUAACAUAGUUAACAGGAUCUGCUGGGGUUUCUGUGUCUAUCUGGAAGCUGUUUCAGUACUCCCUCAGCUACGGGUCAUGCAGAAUACAAAGAUUGUUGAACCAUUCACGGCGCAUUAUGUGUUUGCACUUGGAGUUGCUAGGUUUUUGAGCUGUGCGCAUUGGGUCCUUCAGGUGUUGGAUACUCGAGGACGCCUAUUGACUGCCCUGGGUUAUGGAUUGUGGCCUUCCAUGGUUCUCCUGUCAGAAGUUGUCCAGACAUUCAUUCUUGCGGAUUUUUGUUACUAUUACGUCAAGAGCCUUGUCGGCGGACAACUUGUUCUGCGUCUUCCCUCCGGAGUCGUAUGAGUUCAAUUCACAGAGGUUGGAAGUAGAAGAUUGGCGAUGUAGCAUUCACAACUUCCACAAGUAAAUGGAAAUCUGGGAAUGUAAACUGCCUUUCCUCCUCUAAGCAAAAUUGUUUGUACACUCAUUUUCUUUUCUUGUAGCUUAUUAUAGAGAGUCCUGCUUAGUAAGUGGACCUUGAAGUUGGCAUUGGUUAAAUUUUGACAUAUAAUUUGAUGGAGUUAUUAUGUUAAGAAAAAUUAGUGCUGCAUUUUCUUUAA